AUGCCGCGUCCUCGUCCCUGCUGCUUGUGUCGCCUGCAGUUCGGAUUCCUGAUGGUGCUGUUCUCCCUUGAGCUAAGCAGCGCCACCAUGCCCAGAAAGCUUUGCGGCAGGCACCUGCUGAUGGCAAUAGAGAAACUCUGCGGCUUAGCAAACUGGAGCACGUUCGACGAGAAAACCUUUCAUUGGCAGCUGCUGCCCCGCGCUGUGGUCCCAGAGGAGCACCCCCGCACUCAGGAGCCCUUCCCUAUCAGGGGCACAAACACAAAGCCAGUCUCUACUGCAGUCUUUAUGGAAGCAGCAAUACGCAAUAUGAAGAUAAGGCCACGACCUGGGACUCUGCCUCAAAAGAGCACGCCCCCACCUGACAACACUAGAGAGUUUUCUUCAUCGUAUCUCAUUCCAUACAGUCAUGAGAUUGUGGGCUUUCAGGAGAAAACAUCAGACAAAAUGAAAACCUUAAGCAGUUGGUUUUGGGGGAAUCAUCCCCAAAGAAAACGCAGAGGAUAUUCAGAAAAGUGUUGUCUUAAAGGAUGUACGAAAGAGGAACUUAGCAUUGCGUGCUUUCCGUAUGUUGAUUAUAGAAAGUUAGAAAUGGGUCAUCAAUUGUGAUUGAGUUACACUAACCAUCAUAGGAAUUAUACUAACUUAAUAAAAACGGAAUGUAUUUUACCUUUUUUUGGUAAUUGUGCUUGUAGGUUCAAGGCUAUGAACAGUAUCUGAGUGGAGUGCAAGCACUUGACAACACUAUGGUAAUAACAAGAAUGUGAACAUUU